AUGGACUACAUUAAGGACCAUCUGGAGGAAGACACUUCACAUCAAUCGCCAGCUAAUGGCUCGAGUGCAUCAGAUGAUGCUAGCAUGAAGACACCUGAUGGUCAGGAAAAUAUUAAACAAUUAGAGGGCUACCUUGCCUCCAAGCCAGUUAACAAGCUAAGAGAUAGCACUAGCAGGAGAGUGAUUGGACGAACCCUCAGGAUUGUGCUGGUGGGUAAGACUGGAUCUGGAAAAAGUGCAACAGGAAACACCAUCUUGGGAAGAGAAGCAUUUGAAAGCAAUGCUCUACCCAGUCACGUGACUGACAUCUGUGAGAAACACUGUGGGGAAGUGGAGGGGAGAAACAUUGCAGUUAUUGACACACCAGGAAUCUAUGACAGGAACAAGACUGAGGACCAAAUGAGGAAACUGAUGGCCCAGUGCAUCAAACUGUCUCUCCCUGGACCCCAUGUGUUCCUGCUGGUGAUCAGACUGGGAGUGAGAUUCACAAGGGAAGAGGAGAAAGCCGUUAAAUGGAUCCAGGACAACUUUGGAGAAGAUGCUUCACGGUACACAAUUAUACUGUUCACUCAUGUAGAUCAGCUGAAAGGUAGAACUGUGGAGGACUACUUAAGGUAUCAGAGUCUAAAAAGAAUCUCUUGCAGCUGUGAAGGAAGGUAUCUGUCAUUCAACAAUGAUACAAGGAGUAAUAGAGAACAGGUCAAACAUCUGUUUGAGAAGAUUGAAAGAAUGUUAAAAGUAAACACAGGAGAGUUUUACACCAAUGACAUGUACAAAGAGGCACAGCGGAAAAUCACAGAAGAGGAGGAGAGAAAGAGACAGGAGGAGGAGAGGAAAAAAGCGGAGGAGAGAAGAAAACAGGAAGAAGACAGGAGGAGACAAGAAGAGGAGAGAAGGAAACUGGAAGAAGAAUGGAGGCAGAGGGAAGAGACACGAAAAGAGGAAGAGAGAAGGAGGUAUGAAGAUGAUAGAAGAAGAAAAGAAGACAGGAGGAGAGAAGAUGAGUACAGAAGACAAGAA